CGCGUGCUCUGGGCUGCCUUCGCGCCCCACUCCACCAUUGUCCAGAACUUCGAGGUCGUCAAGAUCUCGUCGCCAAAGUGUUGCGCGACAUAUUCUCCAAACACUCAAAAGGGAUGUCAAGGGGUGACCGCGAUGCGGCCUCCGGCAUCCUCAAGGGCUCCAUGCGGGACAAUUACACCGAACAUGGUGUGGACGAGUACUACAAGAAAGUUGGCGCGACAUACCGUAAUCCCCACUUCCCUGGAGUGAAGAACUGCCUUUUCCUCUGGCUCAACAGGUGGUGGAAGAUGCGGCAGCCGCAUCUCGAGGAAAAGAAGUUCUUCGUGUUCGACCUGGCAUGCGGUUCCGGAGAAGUCACCGUCGCGCUCCUCGAGUGGUGGCAAGCCGGGCGCGAGGCUCACAAGAAUCGCGAGCAGCAAGGUGACGAUGUCGACUCGGACGCGGAGCGCCAUGCGCGCCGGGCGCGCCCCAACUCUGCUGCGAAAGCGCGGAUCCCGCCGCCCAUCGCGCCCGACAUGCCCGUCCCUGUCAUUCUUGCCGCCGAUCCCUAUACGGCGCAGGCGUUCCACACGCGCACAACACUGUACGCGCACCCGCUGUCCUUCCGGGAUAUCGCGGAGGGCAAACUCCCCGAAAUCGCGUCAAAGCCAAUCGGGGCGCCGAAGAGCAACAACCACUCCUCGCAGUCACCUUCGCCCGAGAGCUCCUUGCGCGGACACACGCCGCUCAAGAUAGAGGGCCCGAUUAUUGAGAUGGUGGUGUGCUCGUUCGCGCUGCAUCUCGUGGAGAAGCCAUCGGAGCUGUUCGCGUUGUUAUGGGAGCUCAGCACGAAGGCGCGUUGGCUUGUUAUCUUGGCCCCACACAAACGACCCGAGAUCAAAGACGGGUGGGGUUGGUGUAAGUGGGAUGUUGAAUCUUGGUCAGAAUGCAGGAUGGGAGAUCCAAUAGGGGAGCUCCUCGAAGAUAGAGUGCAUUGUCGCGUGUUUCGCAGUCUGAAUACCUGAUCCAGGGAUAAUAGAUGGUAAUGUGGGUCUUAGCGGGCAUAUGUAUAUAGCGCCUCGGGUAGGCCUUGCAAUCGUACGGCUCCUUGGAACGGAGGACUCAUAAUCGACCGUGCACGGCACACAUGCCGCCGUAGAGCACAAUCUAGUAGAUUAUCCGUACCAACUACGAGCUAGCAGGCCUACCACACCGACGACGGCGGUGACCGCGGCACCCACAGUCGCAGCAAGCAGCAGCUCAUGCUCAGGCUUCGUAAAUAAAGGUAUUCGCCCGCUCUCCGAAACUGACGGCACGGCUACCAGGGUGUCCUGAGUGGAUCCCAGUGUCGCAAGCUCCGCGUUCGACACCUGCGUCGUCAAAUGCACCGUCUCCAGCACGAGCUUAAGCAGCUUCCCCUGUUCCUCCAACCGCUCCGCGAGCGCGCCCGUCCUGCGCUCAAACGCAUCCGCCGUCGCCGCGCUCAUCUCCUCCACCUUGCGCUCGAACGUCUGCGCGAGCCGGCGGCGCUUCCACGGCUCGACGAGCACGAUCGCGAGCACGAACACGGCCAUGUUGAGCGCGAGCGCGGCGAGCGAGCCGUACGUCGACGCGCUGCGGAUCUUGUCCGACCACGCCUGCUCCUCGUGGUAGCGGUUCAGGAUCACGCGCAUGAGCUCGCUGAACUCGCGCUCGACCGCGUCCUCCGCCGUCGCCGCGGCCGCCUUCGCGCGCGCCUCGUCGUGCUCGCGCGCGUGGUCCUCGCGCACGAGCGUCGUGAACCGCCCCACGUCCUCGUCCGUCCAGUGCGACUUGCGCUGCAGCAGGUCGUUCACCUCGCGCUGCGACUUCGCGCGCUCGCGCACCGCGCGGUCGUAGUCCUCCUUCGCCGUCCGCGCCGCCUCGCGCGCCUCGUGGAUCUUCGCCUCUUGCUGCACAACCCGCCGCUUCAGCGCCUCGAUCUCCUCGUACCCCGUCACCCGGUUCAAUUCGCUCCCCAGCUGUGCGAACGUCCGCGCGACCUGGCGCGUGAAGCCGUCCCCGCGGUCGCGCAUGCGACCUAGCGUUUCGUGUGAUAGCUCUUUGAACUGGGCCCUGAUCAGUGCGAGCUUGUCCGCGUUCGUCUCGCUCGAUCCAUGCUCGGAGGAAGACUCGGAGGAAGACGGGUGCUGCGUCCCCUGCGGCGGCGUUUGCGAUGCGGACAACGGCUCUUCCGGCGGCGGUGGAGGAAGAGUAGUGUCGGAUGCCUGUGGUGUCGGUUCCUUGUGCUUGUCUGGAGGUGGGAUAGGUGUAGUAGAUAGAUAGCGUGGUCU